AUCUGUCAUAAUUCCAAAUGUUAUUUACUUUUAUUGAAUUUCUAAAUAAAAUGAACUUAAAUUUGAUAAUGCGAUUUUAAAAAUGUCAACCAUAAUAAAGUUUGACCUAAAGGAACUUAGAAAGUUAGCCAGUGACAAAAAUUCUUGUAUCAUUGAAAAAAAAGUGACGCAAAACCUAGCAUUACAACCAUGGUGUCUCGGAAAUCUUACAGAUUCUAUUAAAAAUUUAUUAGAUUAUAAAAUAGGCAAAUUCGAUAAAGAAUUUGAUGGGAUUCUUUUGAGUUACAAGAAUCUUCGAGUUUUACAAAAUGUAGGUGCAAUACAUAAUGAUAAUGCCGACAUCCAUUUUCAAGUACAGGCUGACUAUUUUAUAUUUCGUCCAUAUGUGGGCGCGACACUUAAAGGCAUUGUUAAUAAAAAGAGUACAACACACCUCGGUAUACUCAUCCAUAGAGUUUUUAAUGUAGUCAUUCCAAGACCUACAGAAGAACCUGGUUAUAACUGGAUUGGUAAUAAUAUUAAUGAAGGGCAAGAAGUACUGUUUCAAAUAGUUGUAUUAGAUCUCUACGGAGCUUUACCAUAUAUUCGAGGAAAAUUAGAUGAAAGGUGGAUCAAAGUAGGUCUAGAUGGAGAGGAUGAAGCAAUUGAAGCGAAAUCAGCCAACUCAAUAAAUGUUUCAUAUAUUAAUUUUGACAAAACAAAACCAAAUCAAAAACAAGAUGUGGACAAGAAACCUACCUCAUCAUCAAAAAAGAAAUCAAGAACUAGCAAUAUAACAAAAGACUGCAAUGAACAAGUUAAUGAUGAAAUUUUAAAUCAUAUAUCUGAAAAGAACAAAAGUAAAAGACACAAAGCACAUGAUAUGGAAGUUAAACAAUCAAUAACAAAGAAAAUUAAGAAGAUUGGGUAGAAAAUUGAAUAUCUUAUCACAUCAUUUGCCUUAAUUAUAUUUUACAAUUGUGUUUUUUACUUAUAUUAAAUACCAUAAUAGAAUGUUGACUAUGAAUUUUGA